UGUAAAAAAUUAAAAAAGUUACAUCCAUUAUGUUAUGGGUCAAAAUGACUUCCACAGUUUAAAUACACACAAAAACAGCAAAGAACAGCUUAAAACAGUAAACCUUUAUUAUGGUUUGCCCGAGACAAGCCAUAAGAAGAAAUAUUUACAUAUAAGUUCAUGACUUUAAAUGAGGAAAGUCAAAAAAAAAUUCAAAGAGAAAAGGAGAGAUGAACCAGUUUUUCAAACAUCACCAAUGUGGAAAUGGGUCAGACUGACCCAUAACAUAAUAGGAGGGUUAACCAAACAUAGCUCUCGGCUCGUGUGACGUCAGAUACGCAUCACCCACAGUUCUGCGCAAUAUUUACGUUAGACUUUGCGCACUAUUAGCGCAGACUUGGUGCUUGUUAACGCUCCAAAAACAACAUGGCGGUUUGUAAUAGCAGGCAGCUAAUGGCUAAGUGAAAACGAAACAGUCUGGAUCAAUCUACAAAGUAUAUUGUCGUUCCGAGGCUUGGUUUGAUUAAAUAAAAAAAAAAGGAAAGGCGUUUCUUGCUUACUGUAGAGUGCACUGGAAACAAGGCAGCAGUAAGGAGCCUUCACGCUGGCUAACGUGUGAGCAAUGUAUGUCUGUUCAAAUGUAAACAUCCGGCUGCUGUUCCGCGCAUGUAUGUGUCGUGUAAAGCAGCUUGUUUUCAAUUUUAAAUCAUUACCGGCACCUGAUUAGUCAGUAGUUAUCGGUGUAAGCCUGGUUUGCUUGGAUUAUAUUGUCCGGAGAUAUUUUAUAUAACACGUUGGGUUUAAGUUCCAGAGAUAACCCAGUCUGGAAGUUUGCUGUUGCUAGUUACUCUGGAUUUGUAUCUGACCAUUGGCUUCGUGCAAACUGCCACACUUCUGAUCAAUAUGUUCAUACAGUGGAGAUUAAAACGUGGAGCAGAAAUGUUCAAGGAUGACUUCCAAGUGAUUUUACUCGAGUGAAGUGAACUGACUGCAGUUAUCAUUGAAGAGAUCCUACUAUGGGUUUGCUUCACUUUGUCUUCAGUGCUCUUGGAAAGUGCAUUGACCUCAUAUGCCUGCUUUUGGACAUAAAUUUCAUGAUUGUCAACUCACUAGUCCGGUUGUUUGCAGCGCUCAUGCACCUGAUCAGCAGUUUACCCAUGCUGCUCAAUAGUGCCCUAUUGGAGUGUGUGGAUCUCUCUCUGUUCUACAUGAUCACCAUGAUGGACGGCAUGACUGUUGUGACCCACAAUGUGAUAGGAGGCUGGAUGCAGCUUCUCAGUGGAUUGCUCGAAAGCUGUAAAAUGAUGGGCUACCUUUCUACGCAUUUACUACUGCGCACCAAAGAGCUUCUGCAUCGUGGCCUGCUCUCAGGACAAGGCUUUCUGCGGCAGAUAUGCGAGUGCUUCAGCAUUAUGUUUAGCCUUUUGCUUUACUUUAUCAACACCAUUGUCAAUCUCCUACUCAUAGGAACUCAGAACCUGUAUGCUGUGCUGCUCAGCAUGGUCGAAGCUAUAUCCAGCCCUUUACAGAAAGCUCUUGAGCUGGCCUUGACUGUCCUUACCUUCUUCUACAGCUCCUUGGUGGGCACCUCGCUUCUACUCUGGACGCCAUGCAGACUUGCCGUGGAGCUUCUGAGCUCUCUAGGCCACCUUUUGAUCAGUGUCUUCUUGCUGAACUCUUAUGGGCUGCUGCUGACAGUAGCCAUAAUCAUAAGUGCCACCAUCUACCUGAAUCCCGCUUUGUGUCAGAGAGGAGUCCGGCGAAUAAUCGACUAUGUUAACACAGCGCCCACUCUGCAGCGGCUCCAGAGAACACGACAGCGGUUGUACUUGCUGGAAAGACACUUGUGGCAGGGCAUAGUCUGGGUGCACAGUCGGCUUGGUCUUUGGAUGACGUUUGCAGGAAGGGGGACUCUAAGAACAGGAGACGGGACGGUUCAGCAAGUCAACACAGAGCAAGAGCCUAACGACGUGCCUGAAAGAGCGGAAAUGAGGGGCGACGAUGCUGUAGACGAGCCCCAGGCACUGCCGCCAGCUCCUGACCCUUCAGACCAGACGCACGCUAGUUGCAGCUCUCACAGACCGCUGCGGAAAAUGGCGUCUGAGGAGAGCUGCAAAGCCCCCCCUUCUGAGAAGCUGCUCACACUCCUUCAGGAGCAGGAGGAGAGAAAGAAGUGCGUCAUCUGCCAGGACAGCACCAAGACUGUUGUGCUUCUGCCCUGCCGCCACUUGUGCUUAUGCAGAGACUGUACCAACAUCUUGCUGCGCCAACCCAUCUACCAACACAACUGCCCACUGUGUCGCCACAUGAUCCUCCAGACCAUGGACGUAUAUCUCUGAAAAACUUUUUUUUUAAUUAACACGUCGAUGAAUCUCAGGUUAACAAAGCACGGCUAUUUUCCCCAUCGUGAGCUGCGUUAGUCAGUAAAGCUGUGCGUAAUUUCGUUGUCCAUUCCACUGUGCGGAAACUUUUGCUACUUUCGAUUGUAAAUACACAUGAAUGUUCCCUUUUAUACACGUACACAUGUUGAGGCUUGCAACUAUGACACAGCUCUUUUGUAUGUUUUUUUUUCUUCUUCUUCUUCUUCCCACAAUUUAGAUUUUGUAUUGAUGCACACUAAAGUUUUAUACUGGAUUGUUGAAUACAUGAUUGUAAGUUUUACUUGGGAGUUAGAACUGCAAAGAUUAUAUCAUUUUAUUGCAAUCCAAAACAAUGUAUGCACUAUCCAGUGGCCUAAACAUGAGCUGUUAUUAGGCACAUAUUUUGUGAUGCAGUACUCUAGCCUUAUAAUGUGAAUGGCUUGUUAUUGCCUGACUGAUUCCAUUUGUUGAACUGGUUUAUCGAUUUGCUCCGAGUGCUUUUUGCGGAACAGGUUCUACUAUUCCUGGAAGCCAUCUUUUUUUUUCAGGUCUCGUGUUAAAAAUAGUUGAUAUCCGAGCUGUCUCAUUAAUCCACUUUAGACAUUGAUGUCUUGAUUUUAGUGUAAAUUUGUGUCCUUGGAUAAAUGCUGUUGAUUUGUGCGAUUAUGAAAUUCCGACAUCAGAAAUGCUAAGGCUGUCGUGUUAUUUUAUUAGACGAGAUCAUAUUAAAGUGUUAAGAAACACAUUCCUGAUGAAAGACUUAAGCAAAUGAGUCUUGACCAAAUCAAUCCUGAACCAGAUAAAAAAUUUUUCGUCAGUUAUACAAUAAAUACAGUCUGCAUAUUUACUAUUUAAAUCUGAAACAGAAUAUAAUCAGGGACAUAUCCCAAGCUUUAACACCAAUGUUCUGUGUUUACACAUGCUUACAGUAUUACGCCAUUAUUGCUAUCAUUGUUGAGUGUGAUUCACUGCAUUCUGUUGUUGUGGGCAGAGUAACCAACCAGACAUUAACCAAAUACGGAAGGUUAAACUGUGGUCUGUCAUUUUUUUUUUUUUAUCCAGUUCAGGUUAGUGUAUGCAGUUUUCUUUUCUUCAUUAGAUGUGUGUGCAAUUGACUGUGAUGGAGACUGGGGCCAGCACAGAAGAAGACUUUAACUAGUAAGAUGCUUAAUAAAGUGACAAGUUACGUGGUGUUCAAACUGAUUAAUACUUUAAAUGUUGCUCUUAAAAAAGUCGUCUGAACAGUACAAUGUAGCAGCCAAGUUUGUGUGAGCGAUUGAUCAGAAAGAGUCUAAAUGGACGCCACUUACUGAUCUGUGGUGUAAACUGAAACAUGAAAACUGUGACGAAAAAUGUUCAUUGACGACCUUUUUUCCAUGACCGAGAAAAGACGUCGUUAAAGUGUGACUAUAUUAACAUGCAACAUUGCUGAUGAAAAAAGACUUUACCAAAUUAUCUCUUUAUUUUUGUCAACAAAAAAGAGGAGACAAAAUAUUAUAGAUUUUUUUUUUUUUUUCUAAAUUACAAUCCAAAUAUCCUGUCCAUUGGAUGGCACGAGCGGUAGUUUCCUUUCCUGUGCAGCACGCGACAUAUCAGGACUAAGCAAGCACAGUGGGGGGGACUAGCUUUCAAGCUAACAUCUGUUUUGGCUAGACUAGACUAUAUUGACUGAAAUGUUAAUCAAUAAUAAUCUUGUCACUAAAAAUGUCUACAGUUUUCACUGACUAAAACUAGACUAAAAUACUUAUGGCUUUCUUUGCCCAGACUUUUAGUCAACUAAAACCUGACUAAAAAAAACAGGGUAAGGUUGACUAAAUAUGAUAAAAAGUAUCAAGGACAUUUGACACAGGAAUAAAGACUAAAUAAAAAAAAAAAUAGCUGGCAAAAUGAAACUACUGAUCUGCUGAUAUUGCUGAGUGUGUGUAUUCUUUCAUAGGGUUUUUCUGCGUGCAAUGUUUUGAACUAUUUAUGGUGUAUUUACGGCCGGAUGUCAGCAGUGGUGGGGAAGCUUUUUAUAAUUGAGAGCCUUAAAGACAUUACAUUAAACGCAUUACCCUGAAACACAUUAUAUUAAAAUAUUUCUGAUAUGCUUAGUGAUUCUGUUGCAACUUUGUUGGUUAGUAGUGUAUUUUCAUUAUUCUCGUGAGAAGUUAGCGGAUGUUUGUUACGCUGACGUCACAGGGGGACAUUUACAAUAGCAUUUAAUAGGAGAAAAAUUUCAAACGUAAGGGUCAUGUUUCUCUGUUAGCUCCUAAAUGGAGAGAAAGAAUUGCAUCAUCUGCAGGUUAGCACCAAGAUCGUUGUGCUUCUGCCCUGCUGCCACUUAUGCCAGGGGUUCACAAUCUCUUUGGGCAAACAACCGUAAAUAUAUGGGCAUUAUGAAUUUUCUACAACCUCCAAGCUUUGACCACCCUACUUUUAUUUUUUUAUUCUAGAUUUAUAAUUUAGGAAUACUGAAACGUGAAGAUUUUUUGUGAUUGUUGUGGCUAAAAAUGCUUGAUUUUGCUGCGGCUUUUUAAAAAAAUUUCUGAUGCCAUUUGUGGAGGUUUUUUUUUCUUGCAGGAAACGACUUGAAUUGGCGAAAUUGCAGUUGAACAGAAUUGUUUUGCACUGUCUUUCGCUGUGAAGUUUGUUGGUAAAUUAGACUUUUUAGCUGUACUCAUGUUCGGUACACAUGAAUUGAAGAUGGCUUUGGCUGAAUGCGUGUUGUGAUGACGUCACAUGGCGCGUCUUGGCUCAAAUCUGUGGAAAAUCUGUAAAUUUGAAAAAUUGUAAGUUCCUCCAAAUAAUGCAGAGUUUUCUUGAUUUUGCAUUCAUUUCUGCAGUUGUAAAAUCCUGGAGGGACUGUUGUUAGUAGAAUAAGUGACUAAAAACCAAAGGAAUAUUCAUAGCACUGUAUUACCAGUCUACUGGGAAGUGUUGUGUUGUUCUAGGAAAGUAAUCCAUGUGGGAGUGGUGUGUUGUGGCCCCGUUGUGAAGCAGAGGAGACUGGUUUAUGCUUGACUGUGCAUACAGAACAUGUGUCAAUGCAUGUGGCAUUGUUCACGCACUCAUCUGUGUAUCUUAUGUACAUAUGAAGGAUUAAAUGCGACAUCCACUAUAGUUGGCACAUCAGAGCCAAACAUCCCUGUUUAGAUUUCCAAGUUGAACUGUACAAAGCGAUGUUCAACACUCUAAAGAGCUUUGUCUCUCUGAAAACUUUACACUGUCGUCAUGAUUGUUAUCAAUGGGCUGCAUUUCAAAUAGAAAACUCUGUCCUUAAAUUCAAAAGUAUUUACUAAUCUAGAAAAUCCACAAAACUGGUACACAAGACGGACCUUUUGGUCGAUUUGAAGGCUACGCCAGAGUUUUUAAAAUUCAAAUACUAACUGUAAUAGGAAUGUGGGUUAUAGUGUUUGUACUUUAACAGUCUAGAAUGGUAAAUUUUUUGAGACACAACCCUAGUUUGUUUAGCAGAGGCAGCUUGAUGAGGAAAUUGGUUAGUUUUUAUUGAUGAACACAUACACUUAGUGCAGCAUGUCAGGAUAGUGAAAAAAAAACCUGACACAUAUACAGGGACAGUAUAAUAUAGGAGUGGCUGUUAUGACCAUUUUAUAUUGUGAAUAUUUCCACGAUCUGUUUCUACAGAGGGAUCGCAUGUACCCUAAUUAAACAGAUUCUGUUAGUUGCCAUGAAACCACUCAGACAGGGCAUCCCAUACUGUUUAAUGACAGGAACAGACCAAGGAGUGUAGGGUAUAAUGCAUAAAAAAAAUAUCAGCAAGACGUAAACUGUUUAGAGCUUUAUUGCCGUUAUAAGGAUUUGGUAGUCAAUACAAACUUGCAAUAGUCCAGAGGUUAUAAAUGCAUUUACUACUUUCUAAGUGUUAGGUGUGGUCAGAAUUUUUUUAAAGAUCUUUUUCAAAUGAAAAUAUGAGAUUUUUAGAGAUGUCACCUAUGUUCCCCUCUGAAACUAUCAGGAAGGCAAUUCCAAUUCGUUUGUUUUUGCUGUAGACUGAAGACGUGAGUUUGAGAUCAAAAUAUGAAUAUGAGAAGAGAGUUUAGGAUUUCAGCUUUUAUUUCCUGGUAUUUAUAUGUAAAUGUGUUAAAUGUCAUAGAAAAUUGCACAUUUUGUAUCAGACAACCCAAUUUACUGUUAAAAAGGAUAAGCCAACAUGAAGAUCAGAGAGCUGUCUAUUUUGAAGCUGAUCAAUCAGAGGCAUUGCACAAACAUUGGGCAUAGCCAAUACAACAAUUUGGAAUGUCCUGAAAAAGUGGCAUGGCUUGGGUUUGCAUGGCUUGGGUUUGCAUGGCCUGGGUUUCUCCCUUCAGUCUCCUCUUCAGAAGAUGAAAUGCUGCUCAAUUGGGUUAAAGUCUGGUGGUUAACUUGGCCAGUCUAAACCCCUGAUAAAGUCCUUUGUUGAGUUGGCAGUGUGUUUUGGAUCAUUGUCUUGCUGCAUGAUAAAGUUCCUCCUGAUUAAUUUGGCUGCAUUUCUCUGUAAAUUGGCAAACAAAUUGUUCCUCAAAACGUAGCUGCUACCAUCAUGAGUUACAUCAUCAAUAAAGAUUAGUGGGCAUGUUCCCCAAGCAGCCAUGCAAGUCCAAGCCAUGACACUAACACACCAUGUUUCACAGAUGCACUUGUAUGUUUUGGAUCAUGAGCAAAUCCUUUCUCCACACACCUUUUCAUCACUUUGGUAGAAGUUAAUCUUGGUUCCAGAAUUUUUGUGGCUCAUCUCUUUAUUUCUUUGCGAAUUCCAAUCAGGCUUUCAGAUUCUUAAUGUUGAUGAGAGGUUUGCA